CGUAAGCACGUAAGCACGUAAGCACGUAAGCACGUAAGCACGUAAGCACGUAAGCACGUAAGCACGUAAGCACGUAAGCACGUAAGCACGUAAGCACGUAAGCACGUAAGCACGUAAGCACGUAAGCACGUAAGCACGUAAGCACGUAAGCACGUAAGCACGUAAGCACGUAAGCACGUAAGCACGUAAGCACGUAAGCACGUCGUCAGCAUCACUACUGUCCCAUCGCACACCAGCAGCAGCCCCGUAUCCAGUGCUCGUAUCUUCCUUCUUUUCGACAGAAAUUUGCCCCAAAAAGCCUCCGGCGGAAGAAAUUUUUGGGCUGAGCGGAGAUGCUGCUGGAGAUGCUGCUUGGCAAACCGCGGCCUGCAGCCCUGCGACCUGCUGGCGGCGGUGGCGGUGCAGGGCCUGGCGGCGGCGGUGGCGGUGGCGGUGGCGGUGGCGGUGGCGGUGGCGGUGGCGGUGGCGGUGGCGGUGGCGGUGGCGGUGGCGGUGGCGGUGGCGGUGGCGGUGGCGGUGGCGGUGGCGGUGGCGGUGGCGGUGGCGGUGGCGGUGGCGGUGGCGGUGGCGGUGGCGGUGGCGGUGGCGGUGGCGGUGGCGGUGGCGGUGGCGGUGGCGGUGGCGGUGGCGGUGGCGGUGGCGGUGGCGGUGGCGGCGGUGCAGGGCCUGGAGACGGCGGUGGCGGCGGCGGUGGCACCGCGCCUACCGGCGGCAACAGCAGCGGCCACGGCGUUGGGCCCGGUGGUGGUGGCGGCACGGGCGGCCCUGGGCCCAGCGGCAGUGGCGGCGCGCAUGUUCGGAGCAGAGGGGGCGGGCAAGGCCACGUGGAGGAGGACAGCGCGGCGCCGCCUUCAAAGCGGCGCCGGCGCGCAGGUUAAGACCUGCCGGUGUUGUCUGGUUAGCGACCUGUGCUGACGAGGAUGGCGUAGCGGGCAGUCGGCUGCAGCGGCAGGGGUGUUUUCCUUGCUGUCUGGUUGGCCUGCUGCCUGCUGCACUAGUGCUUGAUAGCUGGGCGCGACUGGGCACAUAUGGCGGGCGGUGCCUGCACAAACCGACCCCGGCUAUGUCCGGGAGAUGAGGCUAGUAUCGGAACCUUCGGCCUCAGACGGAGGACGUGGCGUGGCGGCACAGCCCACUUUUCCCUUGCAAGGGAGAGCCACCUUCUCUUGUUGAUUCUCAAGUCCAAAAAUUUGUGAAAACGCUUCAGGUUUUGGGGGGCCUUUCUGAGAAUUGCAGAAGACAUUUUGGGGGGUUUCUGUCACUUGUCCGGGCCCAAGGCAAGGGUGACUGAGGUUCUCCAGGAUAAUCUACGGCCGUGUCCUGCUGGCACCAUGGGGGCACACCACGAUAGGCCAGCCUUCUACCAGGGUAGUCAUGCCGUGAGUGAGUGAGCAUGAUGAGCGUGGGUGAGGGCGCUGGGGUUUGGCGUGGGGAUGGGCCACGAUUUGGCAUGGAGCCAUGGAGCCGGUGCUUUCUUCAGCAACGUCGUGUUAACGUGGCAACAGCAUCCUCACCCCGCACGCUGUAACAAUGGCACAUC